AUGUCGGCCACGGGAUCAACAAGUAGCAUCAAUCAUAACAAUGUGGAAAAGACCAACGAAUUCAUAGCCGAUGAUGUUACUUCCAAUAGAUCAAACACAGUAAGGAGAAUGUUGAUUCAAGAAUAUAGAAAGAUCGGUAGAGGUGCCUUUGGAACUGUAGUACAGGCUUACAUUACGCCGAAUAAAGAAGAUUGGUACGGUCCAUUUGCAAUUAAAAAGGUUCCUGCACAAACAGAAUAUAAAUCAAGAGAAUUGGAAAUAUUAAGAAUUACCAAUCACCCUAAUAUCGUUAAAUUAGAAUAUUUCUUUACUCAUGUAUCACCACAGGAUCAUAAAGUUUAUCAACAUCUAGCCAUGGAAUGUUUACCAGAGACUUUACAAAUUGAGAUUAGUCGAUACGCUCAUAAUAAGAUGGAAUUGGCAUUGAAACAUGUUAAAUUGUAUAGUUAUCAAAUUGCAAGAGGAAUGCUUUAUUUACAUGCUCUAGGUAUAUGCCAUCGUGAUAUUAAACCUUCCAAUAUAUUAGUGGACCCCAAUACAGGUGUUUUAAAGAUUUGUGAUUUUGGUUCCGCAAAGAGAUUGGAAAUAAAUCAACCUUCCAUAAGUUAUAUUUGUUCCAGAUUUUAUAGAGCUCCUGAACUAAUCCUUGGUUGUACUCAAUAUACUACUCAAGUGGAUAUAUGGGGGCUUGGAUGUGUCAUUGGUGAAAUGUUAUUGGGCAAAGCUAUCUUUCAAGGUCAAGAACCUUUAUUACAAUUACGUGAAAUUGCUAAAUUAUUAGGUCCACCAGAUAAAAAAUUUAUCUUUUUUUCAAACCCAGGUUAUGAUGGUCCAUUAUAUUCUAAACCUUUAUUUUCAGGAACGUCACAAUCAAGAUUUGAAAAAUAUUUCGGUCAUGCUGGUGUGGAAGGUAUCGAUUUACUAAUGAAAGUACUUGUUUAUGAACCAGAAAUUAGAUUGUCACCAAGACGUAUAUUGGCACAUCCAUUCUUUGAUGAUUUGAAAAAGGAACAAUACUUCUUCCCCAGAGAAUCUACUCAACCAGUUCAUUUACCACCAUUAUUUGAUUUCAGUGAAUAUGAAUUACAAAUAUUAGGUGAAUUUGCUAAUAAAAUUAUACCUCAAAAUGAGGAAUGA